CUUUAUGAAACCUUGCUACCAUAUCCUCGGUAAAGUUCUCAAUUUCUCUUUAAAUAUUACGUUUAGGCAGCGUGGUGCAUCACCUAUAGAAUUAUCAUGAGAGGCAUUCAACAAGGAAUAGGAUCUGCUCUGGUUUUUCUGGCACUUUCUGUGACUUAUCAAAUUCUACCAUCAACGCGGGCAUUCCCGAUAGAUUGCCAAAAGAACACUGCCGUCUGUUUGGAAGAAAUAAUGAAGGAAGUCACCCAAGUUCGAUUUGAGAUUAAAAUUCUCAUGGAGAACAAAACAUUGGCGAGACCUAAGAACUGUGCUGAGCUCUACCAUUCCGGUCAAAGGAUCAGCGGUGUUUACACAAUCGACCCAGAUGGCUCAGGUGCCUUUAAUGUCUAUUGUGACCACACUACUUCCGGUGGGGGAUGGACAGUCUUCCAGAAGAGAAUGGAUGGCUCCGUUGAUUUUAAUCGCACCUGGAAUGACUACAAGCAUGGCUUCGGUAACUUGGUCGGUGAAUUUUGGCUCGGACUGGACAAGAUAAACCGUCUGACACAAAAUAAGACGAAGAACAUGCUUCGAGUAGAUCUGGGGGUGACUACGCGCCAAACUGUUCACGCUGAGUAUGAAUGGUUUGGGAUUGGAAACGGGACGGCUGACUAUCGGCUGUACAUUGGCAAUAUGACAACAGAUGCAACUGUUUCCUCUGAUUCCCUCAAUCCUCACAAAGAUUUCAUUUUUGGUACCUGGGAUAGAGAUGCUGCUAAUUGUACUCUAAAAAGAGGCGGAGGUUGGUGGUAUGGCAGCAGUAGUGAUUGUGCUGUUUGGUCGAAUCUCAACGGAAUUUAUCCGCAUUGUCGAAAUAAAACCUUGGCCAAUAUCCAUUGGGAUCAAUUGGAUCAAAACAGUCCCGAGGGCAGCGCCCCCACAUCAACUGAAAUGAAAAUUAGACCAGCGGAUUUUUUUAAAACUUUCUGA